GGGACUAAGGAUCCCCGUUAGUUUUUAUGGCUGCUACAAGUACAAAUUUUAACACUCAACUAUUAUUAAGUAAUUACUCAUGAUGAUUCGAUUAAAAUACAUGGAUAAAUUGUGGCAUCGAAUCCAUGGGGCAUAUUGCUACGCGGGCUUGAUAAAAUUUAUCCCAUUUUUGUACCAGCUGCAUCGAAAGGAAUUUCCGAUCCGUUGUUAUUAAUGAGGUUGAGGAUUAGACGGCAGGAAAAUCUGGGUGAGGGGUGUGGCUUGUCGAAAUGGUUCGGUUGCUGCUGACGAGGGUUGUUAUCUUGAACCUACUGGUCCCUCCAACCUCAAGCCCUGUCCUGAUAGGAUAGAGAACCAACAAACACCGAUCGUCAGACCAUAAUAGUCAUAAAUAUACCGAUUUAAUUAAAAGUGGCGAGAUGGUGUUGUUGGCGUGGCUGAGAGAGGAGGAGACGGGGCGUUGGUAUGCUGGCCGUGUGACCUUCCUUGCUGCAUUGGUUCCCCUCCUCCUGGUCAUGACGGGACUGGGCACUCUACUUUUGGGAAUUAUCCUCGCCAACAUUUGCUUCAUUUUGGGGGCAACCUGUCGCCUGUAUCUUGCGCAAGUCAGUAAUCAUGGUGCUGGUGAGGACGAACUUUCUUCCACAGGGGAUGGAAGGAGUGGUCCUGCGUGGGUGGAAUACGAAGUUAACACUGCAGCUGCUGACCCAUCACGAGUCAAAUCUCCUCGGGGGAAGUUGGACAUGCGAAUCUCUGGUUCUGCCAUCAUCGACGAAAUAAUUCACGAAAUGAUUGACUACAUAAUUCGCGACUAUGUUCAUUCAUGGUAUAACUAUGUGUCGGAUGAUGACGAAUUUAUUCAUGAACUAAGGGCAGCUAUCCAAGAAGCCUUAGUCAAUCUUUCAACCAGAACGAAAGAGGUGGACUGGAUCCCUUUCCUGACGACGCAAUUAGUUGACGAUGGGGCCUCCCAUUUGCGCCUCUAUCGCACAGCACUAGCCAAGGUCAAGGAGAACCCGCAGUGUGACUUGCUUUCCGUGUUUUUCGACUUGGAAGCCAGUAUGGAAAAAAGUUUUUGUAGGGACAUGGCCUGCAUUGAUGACUCCCAUUUGAAUGACUAUUUGCAAGGGAUAGCAGAUUCGAUUCUCUACUUGCUUCUUCCCUCUGAAACGUAUGGAUGUAACCCUGUAGGAACUUUGGCACAGGAUCUUCUCGUUAAUUACGUUAUCUACCCAGUUCUCAACCUCUUUUCUGAGCCUGACUUUGUCAACCAGUACAUCAUUUGGCUGUGUCAAGGAUUCCCAGCAUCUAGUGACACAUUUUUGUCUGUGAUAAGAACUAGUGACAACAUGGAGGAAGUUUCUGCCGUUCAAGACUAUUUUAUGGAAUUCCACGGCGAACUUAAAUCUUCCCUGGACCGGUGCACCAAUGCAGAUGAUCAAAGUUCUCUCAAGUCUCAGCUAAAAUAUGUCAAUGUGAUUCGCAAGUGUGUGGAUAGUCGUCUCAGCAUUUUGAAGGAGGGUGGAGGAGGACCUGGAGCUGAUUGGACUGAUGAGGGGGAAGGAUGGCAAAAUUACUUCCUCACUCCGGGCAUCAAACUCCAUAGUCUGUCCCUAAGUCAAGUUUUAAAUAACAGCGUGGCCGUCUCAUAUUUCUUGGAUUAUAUGAAUGGAGUUGGCGGAACAAAUUAUCUCCUCAUGUACUUUAAUCUAUCUGCUUGGAAAAGUUUGGCUGAUCAACAAUUUGCUGAUGCCGAAAAGCAGAGUGGAAAGGAUCAAGCGGAGAACAAUGAGGCGAUGAUGGAAUGCCUUAAAACUGCAGCUACCAAUGUGUUUAAUGAGUUCAUCCCUGAAAAUGCGAAACAUAGAGUCCGACUCCCGGAAAGUGUAAUGAAGCGUUUCUACAUUCUGAUGCAAACUAGUUCUGUGAAUCCUGGUCUUUUCGACGACAUUUACGAAUGUCUAAUAGAAACGAUGGAGUCGAACGAGAAAUAUUAUCAAUCAUUCCUGAAAAGCAAACUUUAUAUUAAAUGCCUCCUGGAUUUGGAUCUUUUACGCACGGAUUCCGUAACCAGCACUUCCGACGACGAGGAUGACGAUUUGAAUUCAUUCGAAGACUUUGAGUUUAACACCGAUGCUGAGAGAAUUGCCGCGACUGGAGACGAAUAUCAAACCUGUCUGGAGUGCCUAAAAGUCAGAAAGCAGCAGGAAGAUGGACUUACUUUGGACGAUGUUUUAUUAUGGGAGCGUGGUUACCUCGAACGGAAGUACAAACUGAAAGCGGAAAUAAUUGAAGCUGGCCUUACAACUGAAAAAGGAAAACAAUUUGGUGUGUAUGCCAUCCAAGUGUUACGAGUUGAAAUGUGGGAUGGGAGAGAACGCAGAUGGCACAUUUAUCGAAGAUAUUCAGAUUUUUACGAUUUCCAUCAAUGGAUCAAGUCAAAGUGGAUGCGACUGAGUAAGAUCGAUUUUCCAAGUAAACACACAUUCAGAAGCACAGACCGCAUAUUUUUGGAAAAACGGAUGAGCUCUCUGAACAAGUUUUUGGAAACGAUUAUGGACAUGACGGCAGAGCAGUGCUACGGAGAGUCAUUACGGGAUGCGUUGCUUCAUUUCUUAGAACCCGGAAUUUAUGUGGUCAAAAAGAAGCUAUUGAGUGAUAAAAUAGAAACUCUUGUCAACCCACUCAAACAAUCAGUUCGAUCGAUGACGAGUGCUGUGAAAAGUGCGCCCGACUCCUUCAUAAACACGCUGGAUGGCUUUACAAAAUUGUUUUACCCAAAAACCGCAGAACCAGAACAGUUUGCGGAAGCUAUAAAAGUUGGAGCUUCAAUCGAUGUCGAGGUGGAUGACAACAUUCCAUUAAGAAUUAGUUUGCUCCUAAUGGACGAAGUCUUUGAUCUGAAAGAAAGAAAUCAAUGGCUCCGACGUAGAAUUGUAGCAUUUUGCCGUGAAAUCUUAAAAGCUAUGUACGGUGACACGAUAAACAGAAGAAUUAUUGACCAUGUAGCUUUUUUAACGAGUCCUGUGAAGGUUUCCGGAUAUCUUAGAAAUCUUCAACGAGCCCUUUGGCCAGAUGGGCAACAAAUAUCGGGAAGGCAGCCUCGCGAACAAGAAAUUAAAAUGAGGACGCGAAUUGCAGCAAAAACUUCAUUAUUUGCAUGCAUUUCAGAUGAUCUGAAACGUCUUAUCGGGAGUGAGACGACUCGUCGCGGGUUAGUGUGCGUAUUCGACAUGCUGCAAAAUCGGAUUCUAAACCGACGCUUUACACUGGUCCUGUUUGAAGGGAUUCUUAAAACCCUGUUCCCCGAUAAGCCAAUAAUGGACAUUGUACAACGACUACAUUUUCGUUCGAACCGGGUUGGAAAAAAUCGUCCCUUUUUAGUUCCUAAUUCUAAAACUAGUAGUUUGAAAGUUACCAAUGUUCCCAGCUUGGCAGGAUUAUCUCCUCGUGGAACUCGCAAAAAGAAGUCAUAACCCAAUUAAUUUCAACAAUAGGUUAUUAUUAUGCAUAGCUCAUAAUUCAUCGCAUACGCCGUAUAGUGUGCAUCGUCAUAUCACUAAAUUCAUUCCACAGCUUCCACAAGAAAUGGAACCAUUUAUCACCAAUCAGACUGCUACAAAAUAUUAACACACUCUAUUUCUAUCCAAAAUCGAUAUAUUUAUUCAUUUUGAUUAUUUCUUGCUGCUCGCUGUCACGAGGUAGGUUAGCGAUUAUGUGAUAGUACGCUUUGAUUAACUCGAUUAAAGAACAAUGUGCACAAAGUA